AUGUCCCUAGGUAAAGAUGCCGAUUCAUUUAAACGCGUCCUCCAUCGUCAAGACUAUACUUCAUGGCAUUCCCAACCUGCACCGCUCAACUCCUCUCCCAGUGCCUCUAUUUCUACACCUACACCCGCGCCUAUAACCGCAGAAUCGACAUCCAUGCCUAGCACGAAGAAGAAACGGCCAAAGACGAAUAUUGUGUAUUCACAACCGGCGGAUACGGGAACGGGUACGAAUGUGAAUACACAACUGGUAUAUGCCAUUGAUCACCUCAAGUCGACACAUAACCCCAUGCGUCUGCAAGAUAUUGCAAUUGUCACAAACACACCUCUAGAGACUGACGAAGUCUUACUUGAAAAAUUCAAGUCGCAUGAUAGGAUUAUUUGGGAUCCAAAGACUGAUUUAUAUUCGUAUCGGCAUGAAUUUAGCUUUCGGAACAAAGCAGCCCUCCUGACAGAGAUCCAGCGACAAACGAGGAAAGGCGGUGGGAUACCUGUGCGUGCGCUUAAGGAGUCUUGGAAGGAGGCCCCACAGGCUAUCGAGGAGCUGGAGAAGGAGGGAGAGGUGCUUGUUACGAGGACCGUGAAGGAUGGUCAGUUGCGGAUGGUGUUUUGGAAUGAGAUCAAGCCGGAUGAUGAGAGUGGGGGGAAGCAUGUUGAGAAAGAAUUCUUUGAUUUGUGGCAUUCGCUGAAGGUGCCGAAUGAUGUUGAUUUGUUGAAGGCGCUGCAUGCUGAGGGGCUUCAGGCUACAGCGGAAGAGACGCCGAUCCCGAAAGCACCGUCGAAUGUGAAGAAGAAGGGAAAGCGCUCGGCACCGCGACAGAGACAAGCGAAGAUUACAAAUACACAUUUGAAGGGAGAGAUUGACCUUUCCAAAGAUUAUGAGAAGAAAUGA